AUGGAUCACUACCAGACGCUAGGGCUGCGGCGGAGCGCCACCAAGAAGGAGAUCAAAGAGGCCUUCCGGCGGUGCGCCCUCAAGUUCCACCCGGACAGGCACUCGCUCUCCCCUCCGGCGGUCAGGGACCAGGCGGUCCUCAGCUUCAAGCAGGUCUCCGAGGCCUACGAGAUCCUCAUUGACGACCGCCGCCGGGCCGAGUAUGACUUCGCCGGAGGGAGGAGGCCCGAGGGCUUCGGAGGGCGGCGCGCCGCCCACACCUCCGCCCACCGGGGUUACGGCUACGGCGGCGCCGCUAGGAAUUCACGGCCGGCGUUCGAUUGGGAGUUCCUGUUCCGGUAUCUAACCAGCCGGAGGUUCCUCCUCAACGUUGCCCUCGCGAGGUAAUCCAUCUCCGCUGAUAAUCUUCGCUCUGCGAACCUCUCGAUGGGACGAAUUCUGCUAAAUCUCCAACCGGCGGCAACCAUCGAUUCCGAUUCACACCCAAAACUCCUGCAAAAAUGCUUGAUCUUUCUUUCGGAACCCACCCUGCUGAUGUUCGUCGGUCCUUCCAUCUCCAGUGCGCUGCUCGGCGGGGCGGUCGUCGUCGAAAGAAGCGGAGAUGCGAUCUGGAGGAUGAACAACUCCGGGGUACGAAGCUCGCCUACUCUCUUUCUGUCUCCCCUGCCCAGUUGACUUUCUCGUCCAGAUUCUUCCGUAGAACGAACGACAGAAGAAACACCUGCAACAGAGGACCCAGUUCGUCGACAGCUGCAUCUCCCCUCCCCCAUUCGCACGAUCUCAGCAGGAGUUCUUCCCCAACCGAGACAAAUCGCAUCAAGAAAAAUUACUCACCCACAUAUCGACUCCCUGCUUCCUCCAUUAAUCUGACGGCCAAGAGCUCCUCCACUAGCCAUUAAUUCCCUCAGAAUGGAAGAACAACCAGAGAGUACGAUCCAAUCAGCAGAGCUGAGCCUUGGGUCCUCUGACACCGAUUCAGGCGACGUCAAACCACUCCCUUUUGAGAUCUUGAUUGCCCAUUAUAAGAAAGCAUGGAGUGGAUGAAAAAGCUCCACACUUUUGAUGGAAGCGUCAGAGAAAGAUGGUCCAUCUCCGCAGAGCCCUACUCUCUCGCUCGGUGGCCGUCAGAAACAGAGGAACCAUACGGAAUAAGCAAAAGGACACUGUGGGGGACGACUCCACGUUUACUGGAUCCGGCAUCUGAUGCCCACUCUCUUUCUUUCUCUCUCUACCUUCAAUGUAUGCUGGCACGUGCGAAAUCUAAGGCCAGAGCCAGCGGUCGGGGCCGUAUGCACGCUAACGGGCAGUCGAAUGGUUUACAGAAAUCCUUCGAAGAGGCCAUGGAGUCGCUCGAGAAGGCGAAGGUGCGCAGAGAGGAGGGCUGA